CGCGAGAACAGUCGGGUGGUGUUAGUGUGCCAUGUGCUGAAGCCUGCGGAUUCUUUGUUCUUCGUUGAAUCACAUAUUUUUUGGAUAAGUCACAUCCGCCUUGGCGAAAUGCAAACAACCUCAUUUUUUCAUAACUAAACAUUGUUAGUGGCGUUAGGGCGAAAUACUCUCCUGAGUACCUGGAGUCAUAUAUUUAAGAGGAGGAGGAGGAAGAGAUAUCUAGGUCUAGAUUCUAGUUUUAGCAUCGCAUGAAUUUGCGCCUUAACGUCCUGCAUAAAUCAGCUUUCAUGCUUAGCUCGCAUGUUGCGCCAAUCGUCCUCAUCUCGCGCAUAGUGGACGGGACUUAAAACCCGUGACAGUCUCCGCCUCCCACCGGCCAUCAGCGAGAGAAUGGAUCACGAUCACUACUAGUGUUGACGUUUCGCAUCAAAUGUCAACGUGAAUCCCAUUGACGCUGUUCUCCCGGCGAGGCUGUCACAAUAUUUUAAUUCAUCAGGUCGUUGACCUGCAGUCUUCUACCGAUUUGCACCAUGAGUUCCUCGAUAUCGAUGAGCAACGCUGGUCCUUCAACCACUGCCACUGGUAUGGAAACAGUGGUAGCAGUUGCACUGGGUGCACUCGCAGCGGUCUUUCUCGGUGCGCUCUUGGUACUCUUAGUUAUCUGUCGCAGGCAACGCUGCUAUUAUAAUCAGAAGGACUCCGCAGAUCUCAGUUCCGACUUGCUAGAAGGAGAAAAUAUUACUGGGUUGGGGUUAGAUGUCUGGGAAAGUGAAGAGUGGCUGGCUGGUGCUGAAAGAUGGGUGGAUGAUGCUACUGGCCUGGCUCCACCUUGUAUAGCAGUGCUGCGAUCUUGUCAUACUCUGGCAGCUAGUCUUACAGCUAUUGCUGGGACUGUCAAUAGUAAUACUGUGCCUUUGGAAAUAGUAGACGUUGCACGACGUAUACCGCCUCGUGUCGACGACGUCGUGCGCAGUUUGUAUCCACCAUUGGAUGCCAGGCUACUAGAGGCUAGAGUGGCGGCUUUAGUACUGGCGGUGACCCACUUAGCAUUGGUGACGAAGCACGGCGUACCGAAGAGCCAGGCUAGGAAGCUGGCGUUCAUCGAUCAAGCUCUUAAUGACAUGGACACGCAUUUGCUAGUGCUGAGGAAUGCUGCGUUGGCACAGGAAGUAGCCUGCUCCAUUCCGGCCUCGACGCCGGUCUGAAUUUGUUUCGCAAGUCAAUUUCGAGAGCAAUCAAAUCUCUUGUAAGAUCUUCGUAUAUAAUCUUCAGUUUAUCGAUGUCCUUUAUACGGUUCUGAAUAAUACAAUAUUCGUGGCUGCAGCGAGAACUAUAUAUAUAAUACAGUUGCUAGAUUCGCACAAAUGUAGUAUAUAUGUUAAAUACAUGUGUAUAUAUAGUGUU